AAAAAAAAAACGAUACGAGAAUUGGGAAAUCGGAGAAUGGAGCAACCGACGAAAGAGACGACAGUGAAAUCGGAGGUUCCAAUGAAUGAUCAGAACCCGAAGCCACCGCAUAGUGCUGAUCUGAAACCAUUGGAUAAAGGAGCUGAAGAUGCGAGUUCUGUGAUCUCUUUAUCUGAUGAAUCUACGCUACAGGUUGAAAUCGAGACCAAAGGCGGCGAUCAUGCCCCGCCGGCUCGUACAGCUUCCGGAUCGAGGAAAUCGGUCCAUUGGAAUCCCGAAUUGGUUUCUGAAUCUCCGGCACCGGAUCAGAAGGCCGUCUCGUCCUCCUCCGCCGCCGGAUCUAAUCCUUACGUCGCUCGUGCUCCAGCUGAAACUUCGGAUGCCUCGUUGAAAGAAACGAUGGAAUCUGUGAAAGGUGUGCUUGGGAGAUGGGGGAGGAAGGUUGGAGAAGCCGCAAUGAAGGCCGAGAGCCUUGCCGGUAACACAUGGCAACACCUGAAAACUGCUCCCAGUUUUGCGGAUGCUGCAAUGGGAAGAAUUGCACAGAGUACAAAGGUUCUGGCCGAAGGAGGGUAUGAGAAAAUCUUCCGGCAAACCUUUGAAACAGUUCCAGAGGAGCAGCUGCAAAACUCGUUUGCAUGCUACUUGUCAACCUCAGCUGGUCCAGUCAUGGGUGUUCUUUACAUAUCUACUGCUAAGCUUGCCUACUGUAGUGAUAACCCUCUCUCUUAUAAAAAUUCUGGCCAAACUGAAUGGAGCUAUUAUAAGGUAGUAAUCCCAUUACAUCAGCUUAAGUCGGUUAACCCUUCGACAAGCAUAGUUAAUCCCGCAGAAAAGUACAUCCAGGUAAUCUCGGUCGACGACCAUGAGUUUUGGUUCAUGGGUUUCUUGAACUACGAAGGAGCUGUCACAUCUCUGCAAGAUACAUUGCAAGCCGGUGCCUUACAGUCAGUGUGAAAUAUAUACCCUGGUGCAUUCUUGAUCACAAUAGCCUUUUUUUUUUUUUUUGCAAACUUAAAAUUAUUUGAUUCUCAUUCUUAAUCAGUUACCAUGUCUUAAUAUACCAAUAUCAUUCCUUUGCUUUUUUUUUUUCUUAAGAUAUUAGGACAUGGUUGUAAUAAAAUAGAUGAUUUUGUUGUUACUCUUACUGUCCUCAUUGCACUAUGUGAUAUGCAGACAUAACUCUUAUUUCA